CACAGAUUCGAUGCUAACAAAUCCACCAAAGGCGCCUCGAAGCUGAGGCGCGAUCUAAUCAACUCGGAGAUUGCGAAUCUGCGCGAUCUGCUCCCACUGCCCCAGUCCACCCGACAGCGGCUCUCCCAGCUGCAGCUGAUGGCACUGGUGUGCGUGUACGUGCGCAAAGCCAACUACUUCCAGCAGGUCUUUAAGCGCAGCAUCGACAUCGGCCUGCAUUCGGCACCGACGCCAAAUAUAGGAUUCUCUAAGGCCCUAUCUGGAUUCCUAAUGAUGCUCACGCAGAACGGGAAGCUGCUGUACAUCUCGGAUAAUGCCGCCGAAUAUCUCGGCCACUCGAUGGAGGAUCUGCUCAUACACGGUGACUCGGUGUACGACAUUAUCGACAAGCAGGAUCACGGAGCCAUCCAGAGUGAGCUGAGCCGGGGAGUGUCCCAGCAUACGAACCAUCACCAUCAUCAUCAACACGCACACCAUCCUCACCACCAUCAUCACGGUCAUCAUCACCAUCAUCACAGCCACCAUCAUGGGCAGCUCGGUAGCAACCAUCAUGGGCAGCAACAUCCACAGCAACAUCACCAUCUGCUGCACCACGGCCACGGAAGUGCACUGUCGCCUUCCGGUUCAUCGGUGGCUAGUUCCGGAGUGACACCCGGAGGUUCAUCCGGAUCAUCCUCGAGCGGUACAUCUAUGCUGGAUGGUGAACAGCGCAUCUUCCUUUGCCGCAUGAACGUGAGCCGGAACGCGAGACGACAAAUGCGAUUUGGUGAUCAAAAGGUGGUGCUAGUGCAGGGCCACUAUCUGUCGUAUCUGCCGCUAUGCAGCCGUAACGAGCCCGUCUUCAUCGCGACCUGCACACCGAUCGCGAUGCCGGAAACGCGCGAAUGCGUCGUCCAGGGUGCGACCAACGUCUUCACCACGAUUCACUCGAUGGACAUGAAGGUGGUGCACAUUGACAAAAACGGAGAGUUCCAUCUCGGGUACAGCCGCAGUGAGCUGCAGGGUGUGUCCUGGUAUCAGCUGCUACACUGGGAGUCGACCCGGGAAGCCCAGAGCAAACAUCGGCUAAUAACCCAAUCGGAGCAGGAUCGGUCGUGCAUUCUUCUGGUUCGAAUGCAACGCCGCCAGAGCGACUUCCUGUGGGUGCACGUGGUGUUGCAGGUCCGUGACGGGCAGGAUUCGAACCAACAAUCGGUGAUCGUGUGCACUAAUCAGGUGUUAAGCGAUCGCGAAGCUUCGGUGAUGCUGUCCAACUCGUGGCUCUACCACUACUACACCGUGCAGUCAAAAAUGCAAUUCGGCAUCCCGUUCGAGGGCGCAACCAGGAUACCGCCGACGGCGCCCUACUACGGCGGUCCUGGCCAUUCGCCCGGUGCCGGUACGUCGGGUGGAUCGCUGCAGGCACACGGGUACGGUGGAGGACCGCACCACCCAGCGUACGGAUACCACUCACCCUCCGGCCAACACCACAAUGGCGGCACGGCCACACCGAUGCUGCACGGACACCAACAACAACAACAACAGCAACAGCAACCGGUCGGCCAUGCCGGUGGGGAUGAGUACGGUGGCCGGGGGUACGGGUUUCGGCUGGAUGCGGCAGGACAAACGGUGGACUGUAGUGGGGCUGGUCACCCAACUCCACCGACAUCAGCACCUCCGGCCAUGAGUGGCCCAAUCCCGGUGGUCCCAGUCACGCCACACAUCCGCUGUCACAAUGGCGGUUCUUCCGGUGGAGACACCGCAACGGUGACCAACGGAGGUUCGGCUGGAGUUGAGCGGCAAAAUGGAACACCUCCGGCUAAAAAACGCAACGUGAAUCGACUCGAACCAAUCUACAUCCCUUCCGAAAGUGGAUCCUCCGUGGAACCUUCCGAUGGGCCACCAGGACAACCUGAGCUGGGGCAAUCCGUUGGGACGUUGCAUCCUGCCGACGGUAGUGGGUUGGGUGGUCUCGGAGGUGGUGGUGGUGGUGGUGGAGGAGGAGGUCUGCAGACAAUGGUUCUAGGCGGUCGAACUGGUCCGAUUGGUCGAUUGCACGCGAAAUCAGCCAUUCUGCCGACGACGGUGACCAACAUGGCGUCCGAACCGACCGACUUCAUGGAACAGUGGAACCCAAGUCCACCCUGGUCGGACACCACGGCUCAAAAGGUGCCAGACAUCACGCACCAGGAGUUGUCCCCGUAUAUGACAACGACACCUCCAACGCCUACGAGCGCUCCACACCAGCACCACGGGAGUGGUGGAUUCCAGACAGCGACCACGUUCUCUUUCGACUGGAUGCCGGAACAAUUUGUGCCGAUCGUGACAGAUUGCACGUCGGUGGUCGGAAACAUCACAGGAUCGCAAGUGAUCGGAACUCAACCUGUCCUUUCGUGUUUGGCCACGGCGAGUCACGGGUCGGUGGGAUCGAUGUCGGGGACCUCGCUUAUCCAGGAUGGAUUGCCUGUGCCCGGAUUGGCUUUGCCGAUGCCCGUAGUCCUUCCGAUACCUCCACCACCGUGGCCCUCGGAUCAUCGGUUGCUGGCCCUCGAGGGCUCGACGGGGACGGGUACCAUUGGCACAACGAUGGGUGGAGAUGGGGGUGUUGAGCGGAAGCCGUUGGACGAGCGGGACGAUCACCCUCAGGAUCAGCGACGAUCUCACUGA